UCCCUGCCUUUGCUCCUAGGCUUGACCAUUUUGGAACCGUAGGGGCAGUAGCGUAGUUUGUUAAGGAGAUUAAGAACUCCCCCCUACGCCGGUAGCUACGCGGAAAAUAUGUAGGCAGGUUUUGACUUAUCGGAACUCACUUGCAAUAUACGCAGGUAGGUUGUGAUUUAUCGGAACUCGCUCACGAUACAAAAAAAAAAAAUGAGACUAUUUGUAUUGUAUUGUAUCUUCUAGGAAUUUUUCUCAUAUCUACUUAUCAGAGAACUUGGCGUCAGUUCUCGAGUUACACUUUGGUAAUGUUUUUCAAUACGGCACGAAAGUUACAGAAUCAAGGCAAUAGCUUGUAUUCCAGAAUCAAGAUUCUUGUAGCAGUUUUGCUGCAUCACGUUGAUCGUUUGAACAAGACAGAGGCUCUUUUACAUAUUUUACUAUAACUAAUAAUAUUCUCUUAGUCUUACCACCCGUUGAGGUUAUCUGGAUUGCUAUUCUUGUUGUACUUUUACGAAUUUGAAGCCCCAGAGUUAAAAAAAGUCUAUCUGUCGCGCAUCUUUGGGAAAAUCAUACACAUCAUCUGUAGAAGCAGUUUCGAUUAUCGGGCUCCGAUCAGCUAGAGGCAUGCCUCAUUGUCCUUUUUCUCCGUCACUGAAAGAAAAGAAUAAGAUCUAGUUUUGUUUUUAUGUUUCAAGUUGUAGGAGCGGGAGUCACAGUCAGAGGAAGUCACGACUCUUCUGCGCUUGAAGGAACAUUGAUUGACGUCAUCAGUUCGGACGAAGCUUUAUUUUGUAGAAUUUGUGGCGUGGCGUUCAAGAGUCAGGUAGUAAUCCACUGGCAACAUAAAUUUGAAUGCUUGUAGCACCAAAAAUACUUUGCUGCGCUUUUCGAAGUGGACUGUGACGCCGAACAGAUCUACCCUAUAUAUAAAUCUCGCGAUGUCGGUGCACGUGGCGCUCUGACUUGAUCGAAGCGAAUGAGCUUGAACUUGAGUACUCCGGCCGUUAGACGCACUUUAUGACAGCCUCAAGACAAGGAGCCAGCACUUUUUGCAGAAGUGUGCUACCAUUCGCACACCGCUGCGUCUCCUUGGUUCCCAUCCUUUUGUGUAGCUUUUGCGCCAUUUUGAAUUACUUGUGGAUCGUCCUUAGCGACAGAUGGUAAGGGCGCCGUGAGCGCGUCACGCGCGAGACGACAGGGUCGCACGCGAACAUAAUAAUGAUAAUAAUAAUAAUGAUAAUAAUAUAGAUAACAGUCAAUAAGUACAGCGGGUAACGGUAAAUCGAUAGGCAUCAAUAUAGACAAGGAAGCCCCUAUGGCAUUCUGCGCGGAUUUCUGUGCGAAGUUCGUUGUAUAUGUUGUAAGAGUCGCUGAUGAAGCGGGCCUACGCGUCACUACUUGUGUGUGUGUGUGUGUGUGUGUGUGUGUGUGUGUGUGUGUGUGUGUGGCUGAUGUGACGAAGAAUGCUUCGCGUCCACUAUCGGGGAUACUCAGGAAUUACAUUCCAUCCACAGUGCCAUCCUUAGCUCUUUUUCCAGCUAGCAGAAGAGAAGCCAUGGAAGAUCUUCUGAGGGGAGUAAUUCUGUACUCUCUAGAGAUUUGAGAGGGCCGCCGACUCCUAAUCCGCGAUUAGAGGUUUUAUUUGAAGCGUCACUGGGUACACCACUAUUGCUACCACGAAGUAGCUUCGCCACCUAUGCGCAGCGUAUUACAAGUCGCCCGCCAUGCCCUUAGGUUUUAGGAACAAGCGCGCUCGGUAGGUUUGUGGGCGGGCAAACCCCUCACGCGGGUGGAUCGGUGUGCGGGUAGAUAGACUC